AUGGACCUAGGUGAAGGUGGAGAAGACAAUCAAGAGAAAUCAUCUACAGUUGGCAGUGUUAGUGGUGCUAGUCCUGAUAAUGAUUGUGAUGAUAGUAAUAACGAACAAAACAAGUUAAGAGAAAAUUUUGGUUCUGAUAUUGGAUCAUUGGACGAGAAUAAUGUUGUUCCCUUUAUGUUGCUCAAGAUGCGAGACAAGAUUGAGCGUGUCGACAAUAAAGUUGAAAGUGCCAACGUUCAGGUUGGAGCCAUGAACUCAAAGUUGGAUUUGAUUAUUAAAUCCAUUUUUGGAUGUCAAGUCAGCCACCUCAUCCAUUCAAAGCCAAGAACUACAACUAGACCACUUGAUCUUGUUCUGACUCAACCACUCAAUGGAAGAAUCUGA